CAUCAACAUCAUCAACAACACUACCUAUAUACCUCACGGCAAGCAAGAAAGUACCAUCGCAAAUACCAUCAUCACGAUGUUGGCCUCUUCCUUCCUCCUCGGCCUCUGUGGCUUGACCACCUUGGUCGCUGCCACCCCGACCGAUCCACCCGUCGAUGCCCCAGAACCAAAGGCAGACCCCGUUUCUUGCCCAUUCAACGGCACAGUUGGUCCUAUGCUCAUGUUGGCCAACGUAACCCUCCCCGACAACACCUUCGAAAUCAACGCCUGGAUCUACGGUCUCAACUGGUGUUCCUCGGCCAACCUCAUCUCGCGCAACAACAACGACAUCUGCGACCUACCCCCGACAGGCCCCAACACGGCCUUCGAAUUCAUGCACGCGCCCAUGUUCAACAAAUUCGGCCGUCCCGUCGAGGGUUGCUACGCCAAUAUGGAUGUGCUGUUCCAAGGCUGCGACAUUACCAUGGGAGGCUCCGUCACGGAUUAUGGAGCUGUGGUGGCGCAGUUUACGAGCAAGGAUAAAAUGUCGCAGUAUACGUAUCAGUGUGUGCAGGAUGUCGAGUAUCAUGGUUGUGUGUAUAAUUCGCAGGUGCAGCCUUUUAGUGAGAUUAAGUAUGAGGCGUUUAUGAGUUGCGGUAUUAUUGCCGAGCCAUAAACGACCAAGAUGAAAAGGUUUCAAGAUGGACGGAUGGGAAGAGGGGAGAACGACUGAUACCAAGAAAGAAUCUCAUGAACGACAACAACGACAACAACAACCAAAAUGAAUGCAUACUUAGCCCUUCCAACAAGAAACGACGCUGAUCAGUUAAUGAAGAAAAAAAUCGGGUUUUCUUUCCAAGAAGCAGAGAAGAGAGCAAAGCAGCAAUCGCAGCAAUAAUAUUUUCUUGGGCACUAACUGAUUCUGCCAUUUCUUCUUGUCUUGCCUAUCCUUGUCUGUCUAACCCUAAGAUAUCUUCUUC